AUGGAAAAACUGCUUCAGAAUUUUCUCAACAGUGAAAAAUGUGCUUCUAGCCUGUCCAAUUUCAAUUUUGAAACAGUUUGCUUGAAAUUAUUGCUUUCCAAGCUUUUGGGUACUUUGGUUAUUCUUGGAUCUGUAUUGUAUAAGGUUCCGCAAAUUAUUACCAUUUGCAAGAAGUCUUCCGUAGAGGGUUUGUCUGCCUUGAUGUUUAUUUUGGAAAUUUAUGGACAAGUGAUCACUUUGGGAUACAAUAUUCGUGGAGGCAAUCCAUUCAGUACCUAUGGAGAAUAUGUCUUUAUGAUUGUGCAAAACGUCAUCAUUCUCUUGCUCUUUUUCAUAUAUUCCAAGAACAAUGAUUUUAUUUUCUCUCUCUCAAGCAUUGCAUUCCCAGUCUUCUUUUACUUUACAGUGUUUGACACUAUAUAUGUAACUGAACAAGUGAUGAAAACUUUGUUUGCUCUUACUGUUCCAAUUUUCAUUUUCUCUCGUGUACCUCAAAUUGUCAAGAACUUUUCUCAAGGAGGAGUUGGUGCUUUGAGCUUUACAACGACCUUCAUGCAGGUUGCUGGAUCAGCUGCCCGUUUGUAUACUACUUUGCAAGAAGUUGAUGACAAACUUAUUUUGUUCACAACCAUUUUAGCUGUUGGAUUGAACGGCAUUCUCAUGUUGCAAAUUAUUUAUUAUGACAUCAUUGUUGGAAAGAAAAAGAGUGACGUUGCAACAUCCAGUACUAAUGCCGCCACAACAUCAAGUCCUGAUACUUCCACCCCAAAAAAAAGAAAGUCUGUUAAAACUGAGUAA